AUGGUGGAUGAUGUGAUGAAAUUAAUGAAAUCAAUGAAAUUAACACACAAGGAGAUGAAAAAAAAUAUUAGGGGAGGAAGAAUGGAGCAUCUUCGAUCAAUCUAUCGCUCAAAGCGACAAAAUUUGCUCUCUUAUAGCAGAAACGAAUGUAAGAUUCACCCAAAUCAUUCAUGUAGUACAAAUGAUGGAUUUCUUCUCAAUUUCUUAUGAGGAUCUUUCUCUUUGAUUCAACUACUAUAGAAGCUAAACUUCAGCCAUGAACUCGUUCCAUUCUUCACCCAAUACAAACAAUGAAAAAUUUCUUAUGAGGGUCCUUCUCUAGAUGCCACGGCAUACUCAAAGUCAAACUACAACCUUUGAUUGAUUCCAACAACUAACAAUUGUUGGGAUCAUCAUUCAUGACUUGUCUGCCUUCUGGUCUCUUCUACGGAUCAUAGUCCGAUGAAAAGACAGAACGUGGAAUGUCAACUACAGACUAUGUAGGAAUCCACUAUAUGCACUGCACCUACACAAAUUAAUCGAAUUCAAGUGGAAAUUCAAUCGACAGUCGUCCAUCCAUUCUUCUAUAUAACUUGAUUCACUACAUGAUUUUAAUUUUUCUUAAUCUUUAAAAAAUUUGAUCUAGCUCUAAAUCAUGUUAUGAAUAAUUUUUCUUUUGAAAUCAAAGUUUAAUCAAAGUAUCUUGGCUUUGAUUUAGAGAAAUAAGAGUUGAUGUAUUUUUGGCAACUCAAAUUUUGGAGUGCUUUUUGCAGACUGACAUUUGUUGACCUCAUAAUCCCUAAUUUAAUAUUUUAAAUUAAUUAUAUUAAUUUUUAAAAUUAAAAUUUCUUAAAAAUUAAUCUAUCAAUUGGAAGUUAUAAAUAUAACUAAAUAAGUUUUUUAUCUUUCUUGUGUUUGACCUAGAAAAUCUCUACAAACUUAAAUAUUUCUAAAUUAGCUUAUUUUCUAAUAUUUAUAAAAUUAAAAUUUCUUGAAUUUUCUUAAUAGUGUAAGAGAAUAUUAAAAAUUUUUUUGGUGCCAUUGUUGGGAAAGAUUUUUAAAAAUUAGUGUUAUUUAUAAUGCAUGUGAUUGAUAAAAAAAUUGAUAUUUAUAAAAAAUGUGAUAGUUGUAUUUAUUUAUUUCUUUUCAGUUUUUAUUAUUUUUUUAGUUUUAUUGUUUGCUAUAUCUUUUGUUGUGCAUGUUAGGUAUGAGAUCAUUAAGCCUAAGGUUAGAAUUUUCUGAAAUUUGAAAGAAUAAGUCUUGUAGCAGAAAAUUGAAAAAAUAUGAAUCCUCAAAAUGCUAUUGAACCACAUAAGAGUAUUAUAGGAUAAUUUCAUUGUAUAUCCAUGUGAAGAUGUAUUACAAACCCUUGCUGCUCUAG